AGUCUUAAGUAUCCAGUUUUAGAUGCUGAAAAGGCAGAGGAAGCUCGACUGAAGAAGAAUAUGAGCGCCGAAAAAGCUAAAGCAUAUGCUGAGACUCUCCAACUUCUUUCUGAGCUACAGAAGGAUAACGAACCUGGAGUUAGUCAAACAUCAGAGGAAGAUGACGUAACACUUGCCAAGAGACUCGAAGAUAGGCUGGCUACAAAGAGUAAUGAAGUCAAACCAAUAGCGAAGUCGACCACGUCAGUCAUGGACAAGGAGAAGAAAAAGCCGACUAUCUCAGCCAAGGAGAAGAAACUUACUCCAAAAAUCACAUACACCCCUCAGAAGCCAGUAACUCGGAGCCACCCGCAGAAAAGAGUUGAUCCUGAGUUUGCUAGUGGCAAAGGACUGUCGGGACAUAAAAGGCGAAAAACAAAGUCCAGAACUGAAAACCCAGUUGGAAAAGAUUGCCCAACAGAGAAAGUUCAGAAAAAGGAUAGCGAGAAUGUGAGAAAGAGAAAAGCUAAAGGUGAUCCAAAUCUGCAAGAACUUACUAAAAAAGUGAAGAAUGCACGCAAGUUGUUGAGCCUAAGGAAAUCUCCGUUCUAUAAGGAUUUGAGUUCACAACAAAGAGCGCUUCUCUCUCCUUUUUUGACAAAGCUACCUCAAUGUGACAACAGUGCUUGGAAAGCUCCUGCUGUGAUUGGUCAUCACAUAUUAUCUGCAGAGACCUUUGAAGAUCUGCUACAUAACAGGGCUUUAGAGGGAGAUCUUAUAAAUUACUGGCAAUACCAACUGAAAAAAGCAUAUCAUAAUGAGCAACCAGUGAAUGGACAGAGAAAGUACAUUCCAGUACUCCACAUUGAUCCAACAGGCUGGUUUUAUUUAAGUGACCCAGUACAUCAAGUAGCAGCAAACACUGCUGUAUUCUUACCCAUCAGGAAUAUGGAGGAAGGAACCAGGAAGAUUAUUAUUCCAAUGUCACACCAAAACGUGCAUUGGACGCUUCUUGUGUAUGAAUGCGAGAAAGGCGAAUUCUUCCACUACAACACUUGGGAAGCUGUAUCCAAAAAUGAGUGUCUCGAUAAUGCUAAUCUUAUGGCAGAAUACUGCUUGUUAGCAAUUAAUGAACGCUUGUCGAGCCUGCGCCUUCCACUUGUAAGCAGAGUAAAGAUGAUUAGUUACCCAACACCUCAACAGGGAGACUAUCCAGAUUGUGCAAUAUAUAUCAUGCACAUCAUGAAGAAAGUUGCAAAGGAGGAAGUAAUUGAUGGAGUGCGAAUGAGCUUGGGAGACCCAGAAGAACUAAAGGACAAAAUACAUAAGAAGAGGAUCUCUUUAGCAUGCAAAAUACUCUCAGCAACAUCUCCUCCUGAGGAGAGCUGGAAUAUUCAUGCUCCAAAAGGUUUUUAAGACAGUGCUUAUAUGAAUU